AUGGCGCAAUUAAAGAAAUCGAGCCAGUCCAAAAAGCGUGGUGCGACAGGAUCGUCUGGUCUCUCUGCUCCAGCUGCAAAGAAGAGCAAAGUUGAAAGCAAUGACAAGCGAAGGGCCGUUCCCGUUACGGCAAAAGUAGUGCCAGUUGUGGAAUCAGAGGUUAGCGACGAGGAGGAUUGGGAGGAUGAGCAAGAGUUGGAAUCAGGAGACGAACAGGCUAAUGAGGGUCCAUUAACCGCCAAGGCUCCUAAGGAUCCCCAAGCUUCUCGAGAGGGACAUAAAGCACAAAAGGAGCUUCAAGCUCAGCGCCGAGCUUCAAAGCCCCAUUCAGCUUUACUGGUCGAAGCCAAGCGAGUCUGGGCACUAGCUCGCAAGAUCGACAUUCCCCGUGCUGAACGACAAAAGCACAUCGAAGAGCUUAUGAACGUACUCAGAGGGAACGUUCAAGAUAUCGUGUUCAAGCAUGAUGCCAGUCGAAUUGUCCAGACACUGGUUAAAUAUGGUGGGCAGAAGGAGCGAGAUGAGGUAGCCGCGGAGCUCAAGGGCAAAUACCGAGAUUUGGCGCAAAACAAGUACGGAAAGUUUCUCGUAACAAAAUUGAUACGGUAUUGCAACGCCCACCGCACCGCCAUUCUAUCCGAAUUUCAUAACCAUGUUAUUCGAUUACUUCUUCACCGUGAAGCCUCGCCCAUCAUCGCCGAUACUUUCGACUUGUAUGCAUCGACUGGAGAACGGAAUCUGCUAUUGAGAGAUUUCUAUGGGAAGGAGGUGGCUUUGUUUGACUCUGCAUCAAUCCAGACUGGAGGUUUACGGGCCGCAUUGGAACAUGCUGCGCCCGAACGAAGAAAGCGAAUACUAGCGUCGGUGGCAGAGACAUUGAUGCAAAUAUUUAAUAACCCCGACAAAGGCGCAGUUUCCCAUUCGAUUGUACACAGAGUUUUGUGGGAAUAUUUGAACGAGCUGGCUCUAUUGGAAGACUCGGACAAGGAAGACGUGGAACGACUAAGAAGGGAAUUGUUCGAUACCUGCCAGGAAUUACUUGCCGAAAUGGUUCACACAAAAGACGGAAGUCGAGCAGUUCGUGAGUUUAUUGCAAGAGGUACCGCCAAGGACCGAAAACAAAUUAUCAAAACGCUCAAACCGCAUAUCGAAAAGAUUUGCGGUGAUGAAGAGGCUCAGCUUGUGCUCUUUACAAUAUUCGAUUUGGUCGAUGACACCAAAUUAGUUGGAAAAUCGCUCGUUACAGAUAUCACCUCCCUUUCUCCUUCGUUAUCCCGCACACUUGCUCGGCGGGUUCUCCUCUACCUCCUCGUACCAAGAACUCCUCGCCAUUUCACCCCUGCUCUACUUCGCACGAUAUCACAGACAGACUUUGCCCAGGGCACAACGAGCAAAAAGGACCCGGAAAUUCGGCGGGCUGAGUUACGGGCUGCAGCAAGCCCCGGGAUGGUCAAAGCUAUCGAGGACGACGCAGAGGCAUUGGUAAGAGACCGGGGCGCAUCCGUCUUUGUCGGUGAAGUCAUGUUAUUUGCUCAAGGCGACAAAUCCAAAGCGCUGGAUGCUCUUCUUUCCCCUAUCUCAAGCCCAUACGCUCCCCCUGACCCCGAAUCCGAUUUAUCCGACCCGACCAUAACCACACAUAUCCUCAACCUCUCCCACGCUUCUCGGCUCUACAAGACUCUUGUCCAAGGCGGGCACUAUAACCAGCAAACCAAAAGCAUCGAGCGUUCCGAACAAGCGCCCAAAAGCGUGCCUAAGAAGUUUAUGUAUGUCGCUGGAAAGGAGAAUGUAGUAUCUAUGGCUCUUGGUGAAGGCGGCUUUAUCGUCGCUGAAGUGGUUGGAAAGCUCAAGGACGAAGGGGAUUACGAUGAUCUCAAAGAGAUACGUUCCUGGUUCAAGAAGGAUGCGAGAGACAAGUUGGGUAAAGGAGAUAUUAGGGGCUCAGCGGUGUUAUUAGAGAGGUUGCGCGAGUAG